AUGGAAGGACAUGGCAAUCCUACUGUGUACCCCACACAGCCACCCCCACCCAAUUCCCUUGCUGCAAUCAUGACUAUGCUGCAGAAGAUUUCCACAGAUCAACAAGCUCUUGGUGAUCGAAUGACAGCCAUGGAACAAAGGCAAGCUGUGCCUCUUGCAAGCAACCCUCUAUAUGUAGAGGAGGAUAGACUCCAAGUACAUUCUGAAGUACAUGGAACUCUGGGAAGGGAUGAAAACCAUAGAGGUCAUCCCAGACGUCACAGGGACCACAGAGACCAUUCUGGACAUGACAAAGACUACAGGGAUCGACGCAGGAGGUUUGAUACACAGAAGGUCAAACUAGAGUUGAAAGAGUAUGAUGGCCAUGGUGAUCCACAUAAAUUCUAUGAUUGGCUUACUGCCUUAGAUGACUAUUUUGACUGGUAUGACUUGCCUGAAGACCAAAAGAUGAGAUUAGCACGUACCAAAUUAAGUGGCUCUGCUCGAGAAUGGUGGCGUAAAACAGAGAGGGACUUGGAACGUGAAGGUAAUGAACCUACCAACUGGGAGGAUAUGAAGUAUGAUCUAACAGAGAAAUACUUGCCUAGACACUACAAAGCUCAGUUGCAAGAUCAGCUCAAUUCCCUUCGGCAAGGGAAUAUGACUGUAUCCGAGUACAUGCAGAAGUUCGAUUCUCUGUCAUCCCAUAUCAUUAAAGCUAUUGGAGUUGCGGAUGUUCUAGACAUCAUGGACUGCUAUGAGAAAGCAUUGAAGGCUGAAGACCUAUUGAAUACCACUAGACGGUUUGGUUCCACUGCUGUUGACACCAGGAAAUCUUUUCCAGCAUCCAAGCCAACUAAUGGUUACAAUAUAGGUAAUAACACCACUGCUGGUUCUACACGGACAGCCCCCUAUACUAGCAGCUCUUCUCGUGUGGACAAGGGUAAAGCCCCAAUGAAAAUCAGUGAUUCAAACACAUGCUAUCACUGCAAUGAAAAGGGACAUUAUGCUAAGGACUGUCCAGGUAUUUAUGCAUUACCCCUUGAUGAUGAUGAUGAUGGGGCUACUUAUUUUGAUGACUUGGGUGAUGACCUUGAAGAUACCCGAGGUGUGCAUGUAGUAGCACGUAUAUUGAGUGCUGAAUCUAAAAGUGAAGAUUGGCGACGUAGUUGCAUCUUCUGUACUCGCUUGCGAGUAGGUGAACGCACUGCCCAGAUAAUUGUUGACAGUGGUAGCUGCGUUAAUUUUGUGUCGGAAGACCUUGUGCAGAAAGCAAAUCUGAAAUUUGAAAAGCAUCCGAUGCCAUACAAAGUCUCCUUAUUAAAUGGGAAUAAACUUGACGUGAACAAGAGAUGUUGUGUUCCCUUACAAGCCCAAAAGUAUUCAGAGGAAAUUUGGUGUGAUAUCAUUCCAAUGAGAAUGAUUGAUGUUCUACUAGGAAGACCAUGGCUAUAUGACAAUGAUGUUGCUCUCCUAGGAUGA